CACGCGCAGCAGCAGUAGGGGCUCGAGCGCUCACAUCCUGGUACUUUGCGCUACAUGGCAGCAGCGGGAGAGAAAGGCUGAUCCGGGAAGUGAAGCCCAGCUGUCCUGACCAGAGUCCCGUCCAAGCGUCUGAAAACAGUCCGGGAAAGUUGGGUCCGAUCGCCAGGUUUUGCUCUUGGAUCUGAUCCUGCAGUCAUUUUUUGUAAGCUUCAUUUGAAGAGAACACAGGGAAGUAGACAGCAGCAAAAAAUAUAAUGUGACCCUGUUGCAGAAAAAGCACCUGUCUUAACAAAUCUUCGUAAGAUUUGAUAUGUUAAUGAUUAAAUUGUGGUAAGAGAGGAGGAAACAAACAGUAGGUAUGUCUAAGACCACGACGUUCAUGAGGCACCGAUACAGGCCUGUGUCGGAAUUCGAUGAGGUCACUUUGGCCUCUAAAAGGGAAUACUGGAGGACUAAGAAAAGGGAACAGAGAGCAAGGCUGUCCAAGGCCAAAAAGAAGGUUAAACUUCCAAACACAGGAGUCUGUAAACCUGUGCGUACAGAUAGAAAUGUAUCACGUCUGCCUCAUUGUGAGUUUAGUCCUACCUUGCUUAAUAAUGAUGGUUCAUACCAAACAAGAACAGAAAAUCAGACCAAGGGUAUGGUGAUUUCUAAAAAGGAGACUGAAAGCCUGACCACUGAAGAAUCAAACAGGGGUGCUCCCAUGGUCAAACUUAAUGGGGCACCACUCACCAAGGGCUUAGCAGUUCCUGCAGCAUGCGCAAAAGUACAAACAAACAGCAUAACACCUCGACAGACACUGAACAGAUCAUCAGGCUUUAAUGGCAAAAUCUCAAGCAUUUCACAGACAAGUCCUGCAUCCCAACUAGCACCAAAGUGCACUAAACAAUCCCCUCGAGUUAAAUGCUGUGUAACACCCAAGUCUUUGGCGUUUGUGGAAUGUAAGUUUGAUAAAGACCAGCGCAACCUAGCAAGAAGUGGUACCAAUACAAAUAGAAUUGCUGGUGCCAGUGUUCCGGUAUGCAGCAUGGUCGUGUGCAAAACCGCAGAAGUGGCCAUGACUGAAGAGGAGAAAGCUGCAAAGCGUAGGGAGAACUGGCGCAUCAAAAAACGAGAGCAAAGGGCAAAACGCGCUGAGAAGCUGAAGAUGGACCGAGAGAAGCUGCAGGGUUUUGAAAAAGGACAACAGGAAACGGGGAAGUUUUCCUGUGCUGCCCCAGCACAUCCAUUAUCCGCUAUGAACACAAUGACUUUAAGAGGAGCCAAGCAACGUAACCCUGCGAUGUCUGUUGACUCAAGACAGAGUGCUGGAAAAUCGUUACAUUAUGGAGUCAGAGUAGAAAGAGAGAAAUUAUCAUCCCAGAGACCCUAUAAAUCACAACCAAUGGUUGUAAAACUACCUGAAAGGCAAAGGUUACUUGCCAAAAACUUCUCCUCUGUUUCAGUUUUUAACACAAAUCAGUUUCAGGAUUCGAGACAGAAUCAUAUGGCCAUAUCUUCAGGUGUUUCUUUGCAGCCUUUAAGAUCUACCCAAGCAAUUGGACAAUUCAAAAUGCCACAACAAAAGUAUGUCCGGAUUCAAAGGCGGCGAGGUAUACUACAAGGAAACGAGACGGCAGAGGAGCGACUUGCCAAACAAAGGGAAUAUUGGCGGAUCAAAAAGCGGGAGCAAAGAGCAAAGCGUUCUUUGGUAUUGAAAGGUCGUCUGAAGGACCGGGAUGCAUUUAACUGGCGUGCAAAGCGUUACCAGUUUAUAAUGGAGCAAAUGCGAAAGACACCAACAGGUUUUCAGAAAGUGCCACAGCUAAACAAAAAUAUUCACAGCACCUCUAGUCCUAUUAGUAGCUUUAUUAAAGAAGAUGGUACCGUAACUGUCACCAUCUCACAAACUACAGCUGAGAAAAGUCCACCUGCCCUGAACUGCAGUUUAUCAGCAAUGAAAUCAUCUAUCUCAUCUGGUUCUUCGAUGUCACACAAGCUAAUCAGGACCAGAUCCAGACCUGUUCUACAUAGCAUUCCAAAUAACACAAAAUUAUCAGCAAAUGAGCAAAGAACUCAAAGGCCAACUGGUCAGACUCUUACAGCGUUUGAUCCUGUAGUUGUAGUUGGGUCAAAAAUAGCCAGUGGUGUAGAAGAUGCUACAAUUCUUACAAACGCAACAACAGCCACCCAGACUGGAGAGCUAAGUACAGAGAAUAGGACAACGUUUAAGACAGAGUUAAAGACCUUGGAUUCUUGUUCAGCCGUGACCCCGGGUUUGAGCUCAACAUCAUUUGAGGCCCCAAAACAAGAACCUAUUUAUCCCUCAAUAGCCAUGAUAUGUUCCCUCACAGAACAAAGUCAGACUAUGAAUAAAGAGACUAAUAAUAGUAAUCAAGAGACGAAGUCUGCAUCUACUUGCCCUGAAAACAGUGCUGAGGCAGAGUCCUGUUCAAAUAGUGACAGCCAGUCCACCACUCUCUUGGUGGUGGCGUCUAUGAAAAAGCUCCUGGAGGAAUCUCUUAGCUCGGUAGGUGACGGUAAUAACGCUUCUAUAAAUAAAGGCGAGCCUUUGCCUUGUAAAACUGAAGAUACACCCUUUCUUCAGGAGGAGAAAGAAAUAGACACAAAGCCUGACCUUACAGCACCUCAGGAAUUCUCGGCAGAUACUUACUCUUCUGUAGUCGUCAAACUGAGUCCCUCUCCUUGUCGGUCUCCCCUGCGGACACAUGACUUUUCUUCUGACAGUACUGGCCUUUGCCGAGACUCCUCACUUCAAAUUCCUUGUGCUGCCACUUGCUUCAACAAAGGUCCAGCAGGUGAAAGGAGAUGUGAACAGCCAGUGGCUGCAUGUGUGACUCCUUUACACAGGAGCAACUUGGUACAUGGUGGCAAAAUUUCAGGACCCCAGCAGAAUUUUCCUUCUCAGGCUCGUGGAGGUCAUCAGCUUAAUGAGAACAGUGAGCUCCAGAGAAAACGAGAAUAUUGGCGAGUAAUGAAAAGGCAACAGAGAGCGAGGAAAGCCAAAGAGCUGGAGAGAGGAAAAGAAGCUUGGCAUUCACAGAGGAAAUGUAGCACUUCUCAAGUCAUUCACCCACCUGUGGCUCAGAAGAGGAUUCACACAGACUUCCACAAUCCUGUUCAUUUACCCUGCGUCACCUCUCGUCCCACACGGCCUGUGUUAAGUCCAACUGCAUCAUCGAACCAACAACCGUCAAACGAGGCUAAAGUUUCUGAGAUGUCUCAGGUGAACAAAUGGCAGCUACACAUUCAGGGAAAUGUUCCUACUUCAGCCACCAGACCAGGUACUGUGAACUCCAUGCCGAUGAAUCACGUAAAGCUGUCAGAUCCUCGAAUGCAAACUAGAGGGUCCUCGAUGACCAAAUUAAAAAGUAAUCAAAAUCAGUCAAAGAUGGCUGCAAAUAAAGAACUGGAUACUGAUGACGUUGUACAAAGGAAGAGGAUGCUCUGGAGAAUAAAGAAGCAGGAGCAGCGAGCUCGGAAGGCGGCACGGGAAAGAGAGCUCAACCAAUCAAGACGCAACUGGUCAAACAAUAUCACACAGGAAAUUCAAUGUAUGCCACUUCAGAGAUUGGACUACAUACCUGAAGAGUGUCAGACAACAGCAGUUAAAGAUGAAGCAGAAGUAUGUUAUUUUCCUGAUGAUGAUGAUGAUGAUGAUGAUUGUUCAGAUGAGCCCUUGUCAGAGAGCAAGUGGAGAAACAUCUACCUCAUGGAUUUCGAUCCUGUAAACCAGCUGCUGGUGUGCAUGGUGUGUGGGGAGCAGCAAUACACCUUUAGUGUAGAAGAAGUGAGAGCUCAUAUAGAGGAAACCCACCCAGGCACUCUGUCAUUGGAAGAGGGCGAGCGUCAACGCAUCUUAGUGGCCUGGGACGAACAAGUGGCAGUACGAGAACGCUUCUUUACCAACCAGCUGUGGCAGAACAGCAAUGUCCUCAAAGAGGAGAGCACAAGGCACAUGGCUGAGGUCGAAGUGAUUCUGGGCCAAGAUGACAAAGCAGAUCGAUAUAAAUAAGACUUGGGUUGCUGUCAAAAAAACCAAAAAAACAAGGUGGCGUAAGAAAUGACAUUAUCUACAAAAAAUGUCGAAAUCGACAGCUUGCUAAUCUGAAAUGUAUUUGCUAAGCGGAACUCAUAAGCACAGCGGGACGAUUGAGGCGUAUUCUGGCUGAGCAUGCUCAAGCUCGUUUUAUGGUAAAAACCCAACACAUGGUGUUUCCAUCUGGAUUGUACUGCAUUGCUGUAUUUCAGAUUUUUCUUUUCUUUGAGAGGGAACAAAGCGGAUACCUCCAGUAUAAAUGUGUGCAAAAGAUUUGAAUUUUAUACAAUUGUUUACAUGCAUUCUUUUAUGUUCAUCCACGUAUCCGUCCGUGUUUAACAUUCAGCGUUAACCUCCAUAGCUGAUUGUGUUCUGGACCUUGCACAAAUUGAGGAGUUGCAUUCGGGAUACUGUAGACCUCUUCAUUGGCAUGCUGUUUCAUGAACUCUGGUGCUUAUUUCCUCUACGCAUUGCCUUUUCUUUUUAAGAUGUUACUGUUUAAUACUACAUACGUAUACACACACACUCAUCUGUUAUGUUAUAUAGUGAUCUCACUGAACCGUACAUGGUAAUAAUUGUGUGCAUUUGCUAUACAUACAGAACAUACAGCAAUUAUUUCUGUUUUAAUAAAGGCUUUGUUCUGGGAAAAGAAUAAAGAAAUUGGUAUUUGUUUUA